AGCCCACCCUGCUCCGCCCGAGCCCGGAGUACCUCGCUAAGAAGCGCAGCGAAGAGGGUAAGGCCAAAAAGGCUGCGAUCCAGCCGCGAGACGACUCGGUCGACGUCGCUCUCUGUGUCACCGGCGGCGGGUUGGUGCCGCCCGCUGAGAUGCUGGGCGUCUUUCGAGGCUUUGCAAAGAAGGAGGUGGAGCAGCGCCGACCCGAUGCAUGCUCGAAGAACGCGCUCGACAACUUCGACAUCAUCUCUGGCGCUUCGGGUGGCUAUCUCGCGUCCACCAUGUACUGCUACUCCCAGUGCGACCCGGCCAAAUAUCUCGAGACUUCCCGCGUGACGCGCCCCUGCGAGAUCACGCCCGCCUGCAUGGAGCGGCUCGAGCCGGUGAGCAAGGAGUACGGCUCGUAUGGAAGCAUCCUGCACCAGCCCGGCCUGUGCUGCGCGGGCACCGAGGCGUGCCAGUCGCAGUGCUGCUUCCCCGACGUCUUCUGGCUCUGCAUGGCGGGCAUCCUGGGCUUUCCGUACCGCAUCCUCACUUGCGGAAAGUGCCCGUUCCGCGCGCGCUGGCCCCUCGCCUGCGGCGACCCGGCCAUCUUCAUCGAGUUCAUGUGGCACACCCUUCUCGACCCCAUCGGCAUCAAAAAGGGCAUGUACACGGCAGCCAGCGAGGCGCCCGCGCAAACCCUCACCCUCGCCUCACGACGUGAGGAGGCCACGCUCCUCGCCGCCGCCGAGGUGGGGAGCGAGAAGAAGGAAUACGUCUGGCCGCGGAAGGAGUCGCCGACGCCCGUGGGCAUCUCGACCAUGGCGUGGAACGAGUCUGUAGAGAUCUCAAAGAAGAUGGCGAAAAACAACGACCCGUUUGUGCCCAAGCGCCCCCUCGAGGCAGGCCAGCAGCGGCAAGAGGCCAACCCGACUGCGCUCGUGGACUUGAAUUCGCGGGAUCCGGACCUGCUGUCUGCUGAUUACGAGCUCCAGCUGGGCGAGGGCGUCAAGCAGGCCCUUGACUUCCAGUGGGGCACGACAGGGAUCAGCGAGUACAAGGAGUACAAGUUUGCACAGCCCGGCAACGCGCUCGGAAUCUCCGUCGUGCCGUUUGUCUUCACCCCGGGCUCUGUCGAGACCAAGUACACUGCGGUGAACAAGGACGGCAGCAGCAAGAACGAGGACUUCGUGCUCGCGCCUGACUUUGUCCCGUACGGCCACUCGCCUGGCGCGCCUCACCUCUCGCCUGAGACCACGAUCGGCAUGGGCGGCGACGCAUUCGGUAUUCCCGCGGUGGUCUUGCCGGGCCUCUGCUGCGGCCUCUGCCCCUGCGUCGGCAGCCUCUUCUGCUGCCCCCUGCGCGAGUUCGACGCGCGCCGCUCAGUGUCGCUCAAGAUCCGCACAAAUCCGGCCGACGCCUCCGAGACUGUCCUCUUCUCGGACGGCGGACUGCUCGACAACACGGCGGUGGUCUCCAUCCUCACAAACAUCAGCGCGCCCUACGUGAAAGACUUCUUCAAUGACCAAAGAAAGGUCAUCAAGCCCGAGUUGGCCGCCCUCUUUGGCAUCGUGUACCAAGAGCCGCCGGCCGCUCUCAAGUAUGGCGCGAUAGCCCCCCCCUCCAACGGGCUCACCCCGCAGCUCUGCCACGGGUUGCGCAACACCUGUUCGUACUACCUAAACACGUCGGCGACGGACUGCUUCGGGCUCGGAAACGUCGUCGAUGCGGGGGUUGCGCCGUUCUACCUCCUGGCCCACAUCUUCGACAACACGGCCGGGGCCUUUGACGUCGACGCGAUGCUGCCGAUCGUCAACAAGCUCCCGAAGAGCGGCAAGCCCUACACCAGAGUCGAUCUCGAGGCGAUGACGCCCUACAAGUUGCUCGUCACGCAGUUCGAUGACCGCCACAAGUGCGGCAAGGCCAUCGCUGGCACCCUCAAGGUGCUCGACAACCCGUACUUCGGGACCAAGAAAGACCAGAAGGACGUCGACCUCACGGUGGUCGUGCUCGAUCAGCCUAAGAACUGGAAGGACGAGGUCAACGCGAACCCGCAGCUCAACCCAGGGCAUGCCUCCGGCGUGGACCUCUUCACGCAAACGGAUCUCCUCCAGCUCCUUUGCUGCCCGGGCCACGAGGCCUCCUUCGGCUCGACCUCGUGCUUUAACUUCAAGGCCUACAAAACGUGCUGCAUCAAAACCGACCCCUUCCCGUACUACCUCGAGGCCUUCCCCGUGCGGAACUACUCGAAGCCGACGCUCAACCUCUGCGACUGGAUCGUCGAUGACGCGUGGGACCUGCUGAAGGACACCUUCGAGGCGCCCGGCGCCCCGUCGACCUCCGCGUGA